AUGCCUGGGCCAGGUGGGUCGCGGAAAAGCCAUACCAAGUCGAGAAAAGGGUGUAAGACUUGCAAGAGGAGACAUAUUCGAUGCGAUGAAAGCUUUCCUCAAUGCCGUAACUGCACCAAGCACAACGUACGAUGCGAUUAUAUGGACACUCCCCAUGAUGUGGUGCCCCCUUUAGUGGCGGGGGAUCCGGAUCUCGGUACCUCUCCUCAAGAUCAGCUUGAACUCGAUCAGUGGGUUAGAAGUGGGGAAUACCCGUUCCCGAGUCUAGGUAUUGGGAACCAACUAUCACCCUCACGAUACACACCGACCGAUCUUCGGUUGAUACACCACAUCUCAUCUGUUGCGACACAGAUGCAGAGUGCUGAGCCAGAUAAGUAUUCAAUCUGGACGAAGCGAGUACCAAUGUUCCUAAGAAUUGCCGCGAAUAAUGACUAUGUCAUGCACUCGCUUUUGGCCUUGUCUGCUUCUCAUCUUUCCUGGCUAACAACAUGCUCGGCGACAAUGCAUCUUGCCUACCAGCAUCGGGGGCUAGCCCUGAAAGGAUUACAGGAGGCCAUCGGGGCAUUCUCCAAAGAAAACUCUGAUGCCGUGCUUGCAGCGUCAAUUCUUCUCUCAUGGCAAGCGACUGAUUGGCGGAUGUGGGCAAGUCUGAUGCAGGGAACUUCGACUGUGAUAAAUGCCAUGCAAGCAUGGAAGCAUGAUAGCGAAUUUGGUGAGUUUAUGGAGGAAAAGAGGAUAUUUUCACGAACUCCUUUUCAACCUCAGAUCGAGGAUCCGGAACGCGACAAGCAGGUUUUAGAGCACGUCUACGAAGCUUUGAAACGCCUGGAACCUUAUGUGAGCGGCAAGGUUGAUGAGACAAGAGGGUUGAGUGAUUUGAUGAACUUUAUCAAGAAUUUACAGAGUUGGGUGCCUAUUCACUCGGCCGAGGAUCAGUUUGAGUUUAUUCACCCGCUCCGCGCUUGGCUCUUUUUCCUUCCGAUAGACUUCCUCAAGCGUGUUAAGAGGGAUCCUAGUGUUAUGAUUCUUCUGGCUCACUUUUACGGUGUUGCCCUGGCUGUCGAACCCCUCUUCCCUGCUGUGGGUGCAGCAUACUUUGGGACCAUGUCGGUUGGGCCAGUUGAGGAGAUUCACCGAAAUCUGCUACGGCAGCGGGAUCGCAUGGACGCCGGCGAGCUUCGGUGGCCCAUCAGUCUUAUGGAAUUCCCCCUCAACAUGGUUCAUGAAUUCAGACAGAGGAUGGGGUGGAGGAGGGUCUGGGACGCGGAAGAUAGUGAGGGGGGUGAUAUCGAUAUGGAAGGUGGUGGUCAAAGCCCUAGGGUCUUACAUGCACCACUUUGCACCAACUUAGAUGGCUUUGAUCCCGACUUCAGCACCGCAUUCAGGCACAUCUACAUCGGGCGGGAGAGGGAGUUGGGAUGCCUGAGACUAUGAGCUGGUCAUAGUUGAGGGAAACUGUGUCUUUUUGAGGCAUGCUUCGAGAGGGGAAUGGUUUAAGGUGUUCGGUAGAGGAUAGGUGGCGAACCAGUAUAGCGUUAGAAUUUUCGGAUUUCUUUUUUGGUUUGGUGCUCCAUUGGUAUCGGAAGUUGGGAGAGCACCAUGGAUGGACGAGAUACUAGGGUUAUAUUUUUAUUGUUUUUACACUGGGAAUACUCCCGGAGUGGAGACAUUCCUCACGGCGAAAAUGGGUUUUUUUUUCUUUUACGAGAGGGGGCUAGCUUCUUUUUAGAAGUUCUUUGCUUUCCUCGGGUGCUUUUUUCUUUCCAUUUUUUAUUUCCUCCCCCCCCUCCUCUCCCCACCCCCCUACUUCUUAUUCGUCUCCUUUUUUCUCUCUCUUGGGUUUCUUGACUAAGUAUGAAUAUCCUUUUGUUUGGUUGUCCGUUAAUUGCUCAAAC